GUCCUUAGCUAUGGAUUUGAUUCUGCACGAGUUGGGAUGGUGAUCGAGAUUUCGUUCCGUCGAUGCUGUUACUGUGCUGUCCUGUGCUGUACCGUACCUGAGGAUGCAAUCUGCCACGCUACAUCUAUUUUCUUUCUGGUUAGGAUGGCAAUAACAGUCACCCGGCCUUUGGAAUGCUGGUCGGGUUCGGUUUCAAGGGAUGUGUGUGUGUGUGUGUGUGUGUGUGUGUAGACGACCACCUAUAAAAAACACUAUUGGAGCAGAGAGGAAUAUAUUAUUGGUGUCGGGU